AUGGGUGGUGCGGAUUUGAAAUUGCAUGGUGCAAUGUACGGAAUGUCUGGUGAUAAAUACGGUAGUGCCAUUGUGGCUGGCUUCUUUAAAGCACUCGAAGUGCUUAGACCGAAGGGAAUUAAGGUGUUAGGUUAUAUGUCUAUGGUACGAAACGCUCUCGGUGCAGAUGCGUAUACGACCGAUGAGGUGAUCAAAUCGAGAAGUGGUAAACGUAUUCAGAUUUGUAAUACGGAUGCUGAGGGACGUCUCAUAAUGCUGGAUCCGCUGACAAAAAUGCGUGAGCUGGCAGUCAACGAGAAGAAUCCACAUUUGUUCACGCUGGCCACAUUGACUGGUCAUGUGAUUCUUUCGAAUGGCUACUAUGCUACUGUUAUCGAUAAUGGUCCAGCUCAUGCGAGCAAAUUUGCCGAACGAAUGCAAGAAAUUGGCUAUGAAUACGGUCAACCAACUGAAAUAUCACGUUUACAACCUGAGGAUUAUACGUUCUACGAUUGCGAAGGUGAUAUCGCAGAGUUACGCAAUUCGAACACGAAACCAUCAGUGCAAACAAUCCGCGGCCAUCAGUUACCUGCGGCCUUCUUGAUUCGUGCAUCACGACUCGACGAGCAUGGAACCGAUUCAAGCACACCGAUCAAGUGA